AUCUUUCUCUGUAAACUAGCUAGAUCUGGGUGACCACAGAAGAUCGUUAUUUUAUAAAUAUAACUGGUCUGGAAACUUGUUCUCCGAGAAAAAAAGAUAGAUACCUCUUUCUUUGAGUGUCUACUAUCAUGGACGAUUGGUUAUCUGAUCUGGAUAUGGGCGGCGACAUCUCCUUCUUCAGUGAAGAGCAUCCAAAUCCAACCUUGUACUGUGUUGCAAAUGAAACACAUGUACAAACAGGAGCAAAGAGGGGUAGAAGCUCUUGGGAGACACCCACACGGGAUCACAUUAUGUCCGAGAGAAAAAGGAGACAGCUAAUGGCAGAGAGAUUCAUAGCGCUUUCAGCUAUUAUACCUGGCUUGAAGAAGAUAGACAAGGCCUCUGUACUGAGUGAAGCUAUUAAUUACGUGAAACAACUUAAAGGACGCAUAGCUGUGCUGGAGCAAGAGAGUAGCAACAAGAAGUCGAUGAUGAUCUUUACUAAGAAGUGCCUCCAAUCUCAUCCUCAUUGUGAAAAAAACUCUAAUCACGUGCUCCCUCAACUCCAAGUCGAAGCAAUAGGUCUAGAGUUAGAGAGGGAAGUACUUAUUAGAAUCCUUUGUGAGAAACCAAAGGGCAUCUUCCUCAAACUACUCACCUUACUUGAAAAUAUGCAUCUUUCUAUUGUCAGUAGCAACGUCCUGCCACUUGGAAAAAAUACUCUCAACAUCACCAUUAUUGCUCAGAUGGGUGAGGAAUACAACAUGACGGGGGAUGAAUUGAUGAGCAAACUGACGCAGGAUCUUUUCAAGUUAUAUGAAGUGCCUCAGUGAUCCAUGCUAGUGUAUCAAAUUAACAAGUUACAAUUAAUUAAGAUGGUAGCUAGGAUCGAAGAAAACUAAUGGCCCAAACCAGAUUCUCAGUUAACUGGUUUGAAAAUUCGGCCAAGACCUCGUAGUAUUUAGGCUAUUUUCGUGUGUCACCUCUCUAGGUCUAGAACAUUGUGUGCUGAUUUGCCUCGCAAAAAAAAUGUAUGUUGCAGGCUUAGCUUCGUUAAUUUCAGCUACAAGGGUUAUGCUUAUUAAUGUGAUCCAUCGUUUCGAAAUUGAUUGUGAGUAUUCUUCUAUUUAUUGUCUGCUCACUCUGCUGUA